GGACAGCGGUUAGAUAGAACAUGGCUCUCUCCAGAGGUUUGAGAUGCUGUCAAAGGGUUUUCUCUUGGAUACCUGUGCUUAUCAUAACCUCCGUGGUGUUGUGGUCGUACUACGCCUACGUCUUUGAGCUAUGUCUUUUUACACUCACCAACACAUUUGAAAAAGUGGUCUAUCUACUAGUAUUUCAUGUUUGCUUUGUGAUGUUCUCCUGGACCUACUGGAUGUCCAUCUUCACCCCUCCUGCAUCGCCAUGUAAAAAGUUUCAGCUGUCAUACUCAGACAAGCAAAGGUAUGAGAUGGAGGAGAGGCCAGAUGCUCAGAAACAAAUCCUGGUUGAGAUUGCAAGGAAACUGCCCAUCUUCACUCGAGCCCAAUCUGGAGCUAUCAGGUUCUGCGACCGUUGCCAGGUACUGAAGCCUGACCGCUGUCACCACUGCUCGGUUUGUGAAACAUGUGUCUUGAAGAUGGACCAUCACUGUCCAUGGGUCAACAACUGUGUGGGCUUUUCCAACUACAAGUUUUUCCUGCUUUUCCUCUCCUACUCCAUGCUGUACUGUAUAUUCAUUGCAGCAACAGUCUUUCAGUAUUUCCUCAAGUUCUGGGUGGGGGACUUGCCAAAUAGGCCCGCAAAGUUCCAUGUCCUCUUCCUCAUGUUUGUGGCGCUCAUGUUCUUCGUCAGUCUCAUGUUCCUCUUUGGCUAUCACUGUUGGUUGGUUGCCAAGAACAGAUCCACUUUAGAGGCCUUCUCAGCUCCAGUUUUUGUCAGUGGACCUGACAGAAAUGGCUUCAACGUUGGUAUACGCAAAAACCUGCAGCAGGUAUUUGGACAGGAUCGGAGACUGUGGUUCAUCCCUGUCUUCACAAGCCAAGGGAAUGGCCACUACUUCCCCUUGAAGAAUCGGAGUUCUGAGUCCCAGAACCCCUUAUUAGCUAAUGAGGACAUGUGGGAGGAGUCAGAUGAUGGCUCUGAGGAAGGAAGCUUGGUUCAGGACCAAGACCCCUCUGUUACAAUAGAGAUGGAGGAAUAAUAAUUUAAUGUAAGGACAAUUUACACUGGUACAGAAGAUGUAUAUUUAUAAUGCGCACACUGUGUACCACGGGGCACAUGCAUUCCAAAUCAUAUGGAUGUUCAGACAAUCUGAAAAAAAAAAAGUAAAAAUCUGAAGGGGGCCAAACGAGUGGAUUAAAACCCGCAACCUGCAUUUGGAUUGUCAUUGCCACUUUUACCCUGGAAUUGUACAAUGAUGAAAAGAGGAACUCACUGGAUGACCAGCGGCAGCAUUGCCUCUCCUUUCAUGAAUGGACAAACAAGAGUGUGUCUUUGAUUCGGGGGGGGGGGGGCAAAACAAAACUUGUCAAACAUUACCUCACAUACAAAAAUGCAAAUGUUAUUUACCACAGGUUGUAUAUUUGCCUCUGGUUGUUCAUCUCAAGGCACAGACCUCUGUGGGAUUACACAUUGCUGUUAAUUGGGAAGCUUCUGUCUGGCACUGUGCUAUGUAAAUGCCUCUGUGUCAGUGUUGGGCUGGUGAGUUUACAGUGUUGCACCUUAGAGCUUGGUCUGUGCAGGGUGGUAUCUAAUGUGACCUCACACCCAUAAUGCUCCAGAGGUCUCUUGUAGUGAUUCGGUUGUCUGGCUUCUACCAGUUUGGAUCUUGCAGCAUAUUAACAUAAGAUUCUAUUUUACUUUUUCAAUGAAAAUAAGCAUAUUAGAAAACCUGUCUUAACCUGCGCCUUAUUAAUAAAUUUAUACCUGUGUUUUGGGAGUCCUCUUCUCCUAGAAUGUAUCCAGCAUCCUGCUUUUGAGUAGAUUGUACCAACAUUUUUGGCAACUAUUUAUGAAAGAACAUAUCAUAUGUUUUUAAUAGAGUAUUUCAUGACUAAUAUUUCCAUUGGCAAUAUCUGAUCAGACUAGUGACAGUAAUCAAAACAAAACUAGCAUACAUUUGUAUCUUCGAUUCAUAGCUACAGCUCAUAACGUUUGAUAAUUAAUGCUGACAUCUCAACCAGAGUAUUAUGGCAAACUUGAUAUGUUGAUCAUUUUUCAGUGGAAUCAUAUCCUGAAUAUACUGUAUAUCAUGACUUAAAUGCUGUUGGCUACAGUGCUGAUUAAAAUAAAAGUGCAGUGCUCAGUUUUGAUUUUUUUAAGUCUGGGAUGAGCAUACAAGACAUACUGCGAUAAACUUAAAAAAAAAACAACUAAUUAUCACAAGCUUGUUUUCUACCAUAUCAGCCAUCCCUAGUAAGAUAACACUCCUGUGUGGAUACAAAAUGAUUCGAAAGUGCAGUGAAAAUGGCCUUCAUCAUAGGCACAGAAUCAUACAUAUGAGAGGACAUAGGUUCUUCUAUGUCAGUUUUUUAUUUUAUUUCACUUUUGAUCCUUUUUAAACAUGCAGAUA